AUGUCUAAACGUACGAGACCUUUGUCUCAAAGUGAGCUACUCAAAAUAGCUGACAAUUUUGGGAAAUUCUCCGACGAAGAUGAUUCGGAUCCAUUUGAAGCUUCUGAGAGUGAUUAUGUUUGUAGUUCAGAGUCAGACUCGAGCUCAACAUCGGAUUCAGAAUCUAUAAGAAUCAUACAACAGUAUGUAUCAAGGAAAAAAGUAAAAUUAAAUCCAAACCCAAGCACUGUCCAACCGAAUAUUGAUCCUGAAGCGGAGAUAGGUGAAGAACCUUGCGAAGUAUCCGAAGCAAACGUAGACCCAGCAUAUAAUUUAGAUCCAGAAGAGAACACAGAUCUGGAUUUAAAUGACAGAAAUCCACAACGGAACUUAAACAUGCCUUCCUUAUCGAAUUGGGGCCAAUUAGCAGGUAACUAUAAAAAAAUACCAGAUUUUACGAUCGAGUCAGGAAUAAAAUCGGAAGUAGCUGCAUUACUGGCACAUGGUAAACCGGGAGAUUUCUUUGACGCCGUCGUCGACAACAGAGUUAUCAGCAUGAUUUGUGAUCAAACAAAUCUGUACGCAUCACAGACUCUUAUGCGUACAGAUGCAAAACCAAGCUCUCGCUUGCAUGAGUGGAUUCCCACAACAAAUACUGAAAUCAGAAAAAUUUUGGGAUUAGUUGCAUGGAUGGGUUUGGUACAAAUGCCAAAAAUUUGCCGACUACUGGAGCAAUGA